AUGGAGGUGGUGAUACCAACCAGAACAGCCAUGGAUUUCGACUUCAAUAGCGCCCGAUCUUCGCCAUGUGUGACGGCUCCUACGACGCCAAGGCGGUUCGGGGAGUUCUACAUGAGUGCACCAACAAGCCCAACUAGGAUGUCUGAGUUUUACAGGGAGUUUGAAGAGUUCUCCAACAGCAAAUGGGAAGAUGAUGAGCCGCCAACUCAUGAAGGAGCCACACCAAAAUCUCCCAAAUCGCCUAAGGAUGAGUUUGGCUUUGAGGACUUCGCAUUUGAUGUUAGUGAGGAGGUGGACAGAACUUCUCUCUCAGCUGAAGAGCUUUUCGAUGGCGGCGUUAUCCGACCCUUUAAGCCUGCUCCUGCAACUAACACCCCCAGAACUCCAUCCUUUUUCCGUCAAGUUCUUUCGCCUAGAUGGAAAAAGGGUAAAGACCAUCCACUUGGGCCGUCGUCCACGACCCAAAUGGACAACACCACAAAGAGAAGUGAUCAGCACCAAAGAGGAAGAGACAGAACUCCUGCAGCCUUGUCAUCCUCUGUUUCGGGCCAUAGAGCAACAAGGUCCCUAUCUCCUUUGAGGGUUUCGGAGUAUCAAUGGGAAGAAGAAGAAAAACAACAGCAACAGCAGCAACAACAAAACAACAGACAGUUAGCUCCAAAAGCCAUGUUUUCUCCCUCUGCUGCUGCUUCAGCUUCAAAGGCUUCAAAGAAAUGGAAACUGAGAGACUUUCUGCUGUUUCGAAGCGCAUCAGAAGGAAGAGCAACAGAUAAAGAUCCAUUCCGAAAGUACUCAAAUCUGUUCAAGAAAAACGAAGAUGUCAAGAACUCCAGCUUCAGGUCCAUAGACAGCCCGGCGGCCCCGAACUCAAGAAGAAGAGGGCCAGUUUCAGCUCAUGAGUUGCAUUACACUAUGAACAAAGCAGUGUCUAAUGAUAUGAAGAAGAAGACCUUCUUGCCUUACAAGCAGGGCAUUUUGGGUCGAUUGGCCUUCAAUCCUGCUGUCAGUGCACUUGCCAAUGGCUUUGGGUCUCUUUCACGGUCCUGA